CUCUUCACAAUCCUUACUCCUUGCAAAGAUAAGAAACUUAGAAAUUUCAAUUCAAUAACAAGAAAAAGGAGAUAGCAAAAAUGGCGACGCUUUCAUUGCUAUCAACUGGUGCAGGAGCGGCCAUAACCAAGAUUACUCCUUCAGCUUCCCUCACUUUUCUCACUGGUUCAAGAAUACCCACUAAAGGUGUUUCCUUUAAUGGCGGUUCAACUCGUUCUGGGUCACUCCAUUGCUCUUUUUUGGCUCCUUCAUCUUCUCUCUCUUCCUCUUUUUCAGGAUUGUCCUUGGGAUUGGACUUAGCAUCAAACGUUGGAGUAGGUACUGAUAGAUGCCACCGAUUCGUGGUGAGGGCUGGGAAGGCAGCUCUUUGUCAAACCAAGAGGAACAGAUCUAGGAAGUCAUUGGCUCGGACACAUGGUUUUCGACUGAGAAUGAGCACCACUAGUGGAAGAGCUGUGUUAAAGUGUAGACGUGCAAAGGGACGCAAAAUUCUCUGCACCAAGACAAACCCAAGCAGCGGGAAACGAGUCAGUACUUAAAUAUGAGUAUUUAAGGGUGUAUAUUUUUGUGCCUGUAAACUUGGUUUAUUCUCAAACUAUUUCUUGUAAACUUGUCCUCUGAAUAUGAAGCUUUUUGUUCUCCUUUUGUCA